UCGAGUCCCGCGUCGGCCCGCACCGCUCCGCUCCCGCCCGCUCCGCCGGGCCCCGCUGGCCGCGGAGAUGGGAGACAUGGAGUCCUACAAGGUGAUGCUGAACGGGCCGGCACCCUGGGGCUUCAGGCUGCAGGGAGGGAAGGAUUUCAGCAUGCCGCUCUCCAUCUCCAGGCUGACUCUGGGUGGGAAGGCAGCCCAGGCCGGCGUGGGAGUGGGCGACUGGGUGCUGUACAUCGACGGGGAGAGCACCAGUGCCAUGACACACAUCGAGGCCCAGAACAGGAUCCGUGCCUGUGGGGACAGGCUCUGCCUCACCUUGAGCAGAGCCCAGAACCAGCUGGGGAAGCCGCAGAAGGUGCUGAGCCUUGACAAGCAGCCCCCCCAGCUGCUGGAGCCCCCCAGCACCCCUGUGUGUGACCCUGUGAAGCUGAGGAUGUUAGAGGACAUUGAUGACUCAAAGCCCCCCAGCUGGACCUCCCAGUCCCGCUCCUUCCGCAAACUGUCCCGCCUGGUGGGCGCCGACGCCAUGGAGGAUGGUGAGGACGAGCUAGUUAAAAAGCCCAGUCACUCAGGGGAAGCUCUUUGCUCUGUGGCUGUUUUUUCUCUCUGUCUUCAAGAGUCGAGCUGUUGGUGGAGCUGCAGAGCUCGUUCUGCACUCACCCCACAGUGGGCACUGCCAGAGCUCAGCCACUGCUCUGGCCAUCACCUUGGGAGGGUCCUGCCAGGACAACCAGCCAGACAAGGUGUCCUGUGCUGGGUAGGACCUGCUGGGCACUGCUGGCACCAAGCUGGGGAGGCCAAGCUCUGCCAUUGAUCCUUGAGGAAGAGGGAUCUGGAGAAGGCUGGUGCACUGAGAACACCUUGCUGGGGGUAUUGGGAGGUGCUAGGCAGCAGCUGGACAGUGUGCUGUGAGCCUGGCAUGGGGCUGCAGGACAGUGUGCUGUGAGCCUGGCGUGGGGCUGUGGGAGAUGCCCAUGGGUCCAGCUGGGGCACAGUGGAGCAGUGGCAGCCCCCGCAGCCUCUGCAGCCCCCCAGCACCCCCGGGUGUGACCCUGGGAAGCUGAGGAUGUUGGAGGACGCUGAGGACUGGCAGCCCCGCACCGGCACCUCGCAGUCCCGCUCCUUCCACAAGCUGGCCCAGCUGACGGGCACAGGUGGCAUGGAGGAUGGUGAGGAUGAAUUUAUUAAAAAACCCAGGGAUGCCCAUGGGUCCAGCUGGGGCACGGGGCAGCAUCGGCAGCCCCCCCAGCCCCUGGAGCCCCCCAGUGACAGUGUGUGUGACCCUGUGAAGCUGAAGAUGUUAGAGGACAUUGUGGACACAAAGCCCCACACCUGGACCUCCCAGUCCCGCUCCUUCCGCAAACUGGCCCGGCUGGUGGGAGCCAGCAGCAUGGAUGAAGGUGACGAUGAGCCCGUUAAAAAGCCCAGACUUGAGGUGUUUUCAGAGCUGCACAAUGGGCACUGCCAGCACUCAGCCACCGCUCUGACCAUCACCUCAGGAGUCUGCCCCAAGCACCCACCUGGGGAUUCCCAUGGGUCCAUCUGGGGCAUAGUGGAGCAGCGGGAGCCUCUGGAGCCCCCCAGCACCCCCGGGUGCAAUCCUGGGAAGCUGCGGCUGAUGGAGGACGCGGAGGGCUGGCAGCCCCGCACCGGCACCUCGCAGUCCCGCUCCUUCCGCAGGCUGGCCCAGCUGACGGGCACAGAUGAGAUGGAGGAUGGUGAGGAUGAGAUUGUUAAAAAGCCCAGGGAUGCCCGUGGGUCCAGCUGGGGCACGGUGGAGCAGCGACAGCCCCCACAGCCUCUGGAGCCCCCCAGCACCCCCGGGUGCAAUCCUGGGAAGCUGAGGAUGUUGGAGGAUGCUGAGGACUGGCAGCCCCGCACCGGCACCUCGCAGUCCCGCUCCUUCCGCAAGCUGGCCCAGCUGACGGGCACAGAUGAGAGCAUGGAGGAUCAUGAUGAUGUGUUUGUUAGGAAGCCCAGCCAGGUCUCCGUGCCGGACCCGUCCCCAGGAGCAACGAUGAAGACGGAGCCAGGACUGGCCCCCAGGACCCCCAGUGCCACCCCCAGCCCCACCAGCCGCCCGCCCUGGGCUGUGGACCCCUCGUUUGCCGAGCGCUACGCCCCGGACAAGACGAGCACGGUGGUGAGCAAGCACAGCCAGCCAGCCACGCCCACCCCCAUGCAGAACCGCAGCUCCAUCGUGCAGGCAGCCCAGCAGGCCCCCGAGGGGCCCGGCCGCACCCCCCUGUGCUACAAAUGCAACAAAGUCAUCAGGGGACGGUACCUCGUGGCGCUGGGACAUUAUUACCACCCCGAGGAGUUCGUCUGCUGCCAGUGCAGGAAGGUGCUGGAUGAGGGUGGCUUCUUUGAGGAGAAAGGCUCCAUCUUCUGCCCCAAGUGCUACGACACGCGCUACGCGCCCACCUGCGCCAAGUGCAAGAAGAAGAUCACUGGGGAGGUGAUGCACGCGCUGAAGAUGACCUGGCACGUGCAGUGCUUCACCUGCAACGCCUGCAAAACUCCCAUCCGCAACCGAGCCUUCUACAUGGAGGAGGGACAGCCCUACUGCGAGAGAGACUAUGAGAAGAUGUUUGGCACCAAGUGCCGCGGCUGUGACUUCAAGAUCGAUGCUGGGGACCGGUUCCUGGAGGCGCUGGGCUUCAGCUGGCACGACACUUGCUUUGUCUGUGCGAUCUGCCAGACCAACCUGGAAGGGAAGACGUUCUACUCCAAGAAGGACAAGCCUCUGUGCAAGAGCCAUGCUUUCUCCCAUGUGUGAGGGGUGGAAAUCCAGCUGUGCCCACACAUGCCCCUGGCCCUGCAUGCUCCUCUCCCCCUGCCCUGCUGGCCCUAGGGAGCCAGGCUGGGCCCUUGGCCCUUUCCCUUGCUCCUGCCCCCUUCCUAGCAGCUCCUGGCUCAACUCCAGCCAGAUAGAGUGCUGGGUCCAGCCUUUGAUAGCUGGGUGGCUUCUUAUAUGCUUUUCAGCUGGCCCUAGGAGCCCUGGGAAUGAGAUGCUGCAUGGAUCUCCUGCCCCUGAGCCACGCAGCAUGGUGGGCACAACCAUGCUGAGGCUGGAAUUGGAGAGGGUCUGCCACAGCUGGGCUGCUCCCUUGCUGCCUGGCAGCUCAUUGCUGGGGCAGGGACACUCCUCCCACAUCCCUCCCCGAGUGGGUGAGGACCAGCUCCUGUCUCACUCUCCCCAGCCUUCCCUGCUGUGUGCUUGGGGCUGGAGACCCAGCCCUGCUCCUCUGCUGGGGCCCUGCCCAUGCCAACCCACCAGGCACCCCUCACACUGCUGCGGUGGUUUCCUGCCCCAGCUGCAUUCCAGGGGUGUCUGUCCCUCAUGCCCCCCCACCCUGCUGGCAUCCCCUGGGGCUGGCAUCACCCCCGGCCAUGGGCUGGCAGCGUGUGCUGAUGCCAGCCCAGCCAGGCGUCUGCUCCUGCAAGGCUUGGGCACAGCCUCCUACCAAAGAGCUCUCUGCCACUGCCAUCCUGGGGCCACCGAUGCCUCCCCCCACACCACACCCUCUGGUCGGGCUGCCCUGAUGUAGCCACGGUGCUUUUAGUGCCUUUAAUAAACACGUCUGCAAGUGC